AACAGCAGCAAACCAACACUUCUGUUUAAACAUGAGUCCGUUCUCAUGCACCAUUAUCUUGCUGGGCCUCUCAUCGCUGGCCGCCGCCCUCAACUUCACUCAGGUCUUCGAGUGGCCCGAUGAAUUGGACUACGAGUGGCCGUCGGAGGCGAGCAGGAAACACGCUCGCCGAAACGGAACUUUCAUACGAGAGAAUAUUUAUCCUCGUUACAUGGCAGUGUACGGACCAAGGAUCUUCCUCAGCCUGAACAAAGAUGACGGCAUUCCGGUGACCCUGGUGACCUUGCCGACCAGCAGCGCGUCCUCCACACCCCCGAAAUUCACUCCAUUCCCUUCGUGGGACAUGCAUCUUAAUGGAAAGGAAAACUGCAACAAGAUCCACCAGGCAGAGGGAUUGCAAGUGGACUCGGUUGGCAGGCUGUGGGUGCUCGAUCAGGGAAACUCCGUUUCCAAUUGCAGUUCCAAGCUAUGGAUUUUCAACUUAAACAACAACGAAACCGAACUCAUUCAUCGGUUUUCUAUUCACGACUUCAUGCACGACUUGGUGAUCGACGAAACACAGAACGGAACCUUCGGCUACAUCACGUUGAUUAGUGAACCACACAUUCUGGUGUUUAGUUUGGAAAGAAAAGAAUCUUGGACCGUGGACACGCAAGGAAUGGAGGUUUCGUCCAUCGCCUUGUCCACUAAGAAGGAACCGGGAACGCUCUACCUUAGCAAAUACGACUCCAAUGAACUGUUUUCAAUUUCCGUCGCCGCACUCCGCAACGGAACUCGAGCUGCAAAUCCGGAAUUCAUCGGAAACUGGACUGCAAAAGCAUAUAGGAUGUUAAUGGACAACCACGGGACCAAGUAUGCCGCCUUUUUGUGGAAAAACUACCUAAAUGCUUGGAACACUUCCCGGCCGUUCCAGGAGCAGCGUGUUUAUGACGUCACCGGAUUGGAAUCUUUUUGGCCGUUUACUUUUGCCUUUGACCAAAACGGAACUCUUUGGAUGACGGUGUUUGAAGACGAAAGAAAGCCAAGAUGCAGGCUUUUGAAGGCUGCACUCGCAGCAAAUUCGGCUGGUGAGUUUCCUCUGAAGAUAGAAGCUUAAGGUCGGGAGAUGGCCUUCGCAAGGGCGAAAACUGCGACCCACCCUGGGAGUGCACCUGCCUGCCCAGCUUCCAUGCAAAGCUCUGCUUUGACCUCGAAAACGAUUGUAGACUCGGGUAGUGAUUUUAUUUGGGAUAUUAAAUGUUUUGUAAGGGA